AUGGCGGUGAAACGAGCUUCAAGCAAAAAAGGCAUCAUCCAUCAAUAUAAAAAUUCAAAUCUUGUACCUUCCAAGCUACUGUCCCAUCUCAAAAUGCAACACAGUGAGCAUAAAAAUAAGUCAAAGGAGUUCUUUGAAGCAACUCGAGCUGAACUCAAAAAGCAACAACGCUCCUUCGAUAGCAUUAUGGUCCAUCAAGAAAAGGAAGAGAAGUCCCUUCUAAUGACAUCAAUGGAAAUAGCACAUAUACUUAUGAAAAAUAAGAAACCUUUCACUUUAGCUGAGACAGUCAUUCUUCCAUGCUUAGAAAUAGCUGCCCAGCAUCUUCAUGGAGGCAAGAAACCACGUGAUAAGGUUCGGAGUAUUCCACUUUCAGACUCCUCAAUGAAACGUCGAUCUGUGGCAGUCGCUGAAGAUUUGAAGGAUCAGCUACUUACAAGGCUCAGGGCAGCACCCUGGUUUGGUUUGCAGUUCGAUGAAACCACUGACAUUGUAAAUGUUGCUCAACUUUUAGCUUACUGCCGCUUUCCUGACAGUCAGUCCAAGAAAAUUGUAGAACAUUUCCUAUUUUGUUUACCACUAGGUGUGCAGACAACAGCAGAGGAAAUAUUCACCAAGAUAAAUGAGUUUAUGGUCAAGAAUAAUCUGAGCUGGAAAAAAUGUGCUUGUGUUACCACAGAUGGGGCUGCAGCAAUGGUUGGAAGUAAGAAAGGUGUUGUUAAGAAAAUUAAGGAUGUUGCUCCCAGCUGCUGUUCUAUUCACUGUAUAAUACAUCGGGAGGCAUUGGCUGCCAAGAAUUUACUGUCAAAUGUGGGGAAAAGUGAUUUUGACGAAAUCAUCAGUGAUGUGAAGAAGAAGACUGUCAAGCUCCAGGACAACUACUGGAUUGCCAGAUUAUCAUACAUGGCUUCUAUCUUUGAGAAACUGAAUCAAUUAAACCUAUCCCUUCAAGGCUUUGGUGGGGAUAUUUUUGAUGUCACUGGCAAGAUUGAAGCUUUCAAGUUAAAGAUUGGGUUAUGGAAAAGAAAAGUUGAAACUAAGGACUUCGCUAAUACCAGAUUAGCCAAUCUGGAAUCAUUGACACCUACUUUGCUAGAACUGUCCACUGAUUUUGCACAGAAGUCAUCAUUCCAUGAAUUCUCCUACUAUGGAGAUUUCUGGUGCUCACUUUUAGGAAUUCCAGAGUACCAAGAACUUGCACGAAUGGCCAUGACUUAUCUAGUGCGGAUGCCAACAACAUAUCUGGCAGAGAAAGGCUUCUCUAAUCUGGUGGAUAUUAAAACAAAAAAGCGAAACCAGUUACAAGAUGUGGAUUCUCUGAUGAGGGGGGCACUGGAAAGUGAAAUAAAACCUCGCUUUGAAAAGAUUGUUGGAACAAUGCAGCAGCAACCCAGCCACUGA